AUGGCCUCACUCUGCCGGCGGUUACCUGCUGCCGGCACCUCCACACUCUACGGAGUCGUUCUACAGCUUCGACGUCGCCCGUGGACUCCGGUGGUGGAAGCGAUUGGAAACAGCGGCGCACGGGAGAGAUCGGAUUUCAGUGAGGAGGAUGAGAAGGAGAUGCCACACUCGCUGGCAGAUGAUAACAGUCGGAAAGAUGUGAAUCAGGCUGUUAAGGUGGUGGUUGCUGCAGCGGCGGUGGUGGCGACGGGAGUCGGAAAUAGGGUGCUGUAUAAGCUGGCGUUGGUUCCUUUGAAGCAAUACCCUUUCUUCUUGGCUCAGAUUUCAACUUUUGUAUAUGUUAUUGUAUACUUUUCUAUUUUGUGUAUCCGGUACCGUGCUGGCAUUGUCACUGAUGAGAUGCUGUCAAUGCCAAAAACUCCAUUUCUAAUUGUUGGUCUUUUGGAAGCUCUGGGUGCUGCCACAGGAAUGGCGGCUGCAGCAAUGCUAUCGGGUGCAUCAAUUCCAAUCUUGUCUCAGACUUUUCUUGUGUGGCAAAUUCUCCUGUCAACUAUUUUUCUUGGGAGAAGAUAUAAAGUCAACCAACUACUUGGAUGCUUUCUUGUGGCCAUUGGUGUAAUUAUCACUGUAGCAAGUGGAUCUGGUGCUGGGAAAUCAUUGCAGGAAGCUGGUAUAUUUUGGAGUCUUUUAAUGAUGACUUCAUUUUUAUUCCAAGCAGCUGAUACUGUGCUCAAGGAGGUAAUCUUUAUGGAUUCAGCUCGGAAACUGAAGGGAGGUUCUUUGGACUUGUUUGUUGUCAAUUCCUUCGGAUCUGCUUUCCAAGCACUGUUUAUAUGCCUCCUCCUCCCCUUCUUAUCAAAACUAUGGGGCAUCCCUUUCAGUCAACUGCCAAACUACCUUAAAGAUGGUGCAGCCUGCUUUCUGAAUCUUGGGACGCUGUCUAGUGGAUGUGAUGGAGCUCCCCUACUGCCCUUGCUGUUCAUUAUUGUCAACAUGGGCUUCAAUAUCUCUUUGCUUCAUCUCCUCAAGAUCUCUUCAGCUGUUGUCUCUUGUCUAGCCACCACAUUAUCAGUCCCAAUAUCAAUCUAUCUGUUCACGCUGCCACUGCCAUACCUCGGUGUUGCCUCUUCUCUUCCCACAGGCUUUCUUGCCGGAGCCAUCAUUCUCAUCAUGGGAUUACUCAUCUAUACAUGGACUCCUUCAAAUGUUUCCUCCAAUUCUUCCUCGACUGCUCCCACCUAG